GACGAUGACAGGUCGGCCAUUUUCCGUUGUGAUACGUCGAAUUUGAGCAAUGUUAUAAAAGGCUGUUUUUUAAAAAGAAAGGAUUUUCACACAUAAACUUGUCUUAGUAACGAUGCCUGGUUCUGAGGUUAAUACAGAGUCUUUCGAAUUGAGUGAUGGAGAAAGUAGUCCAAGUUCUAAAAGACAAAAAACAGAGACCACUACUACGGAAAUUGAAAGCAACUCUGAACUGACUAUGAAGGAAAAAACAGAUGGUGCUCACCAACAAACUGAAACUGAUGGUCCUACACCACACAGCAAUCAGAAUUUGCAGGGAGAUAACAAAGAGAAAGAACUGUCAGCUGCUUCUAUAUUCAAUGAGGACACUACACCAUCUAAAGAGAAGAAUAGUAUUACUGUGCCUGGAAACCCAUCUGAAAUUGAAAAUGAAUUAAAGUUAUUUUAUCAAGAAUUGGAAAAGAUUGAAAGUGAGACUGAAUUGCUUGCAAAUGGAUCUGUGGAUUAUCCACAAGGUUCAGCAGAAAAUGAAGAUAUGAUGAAUAAUAGAUUAAAUACAACUAUUAAGGCUUGCAGAAGAAUUGCAGGUGUGCAACAUACAUCUAGAAUAUUAAGUGACCCACAUUCACAAAUUUUAACAACUGAAUACCCCUAUUCAGUACAUUGGAAUGACACGCUAGCCCCUGCAAGAUCUCAGUGGAACCAACCACAGACUUUCAUAGGUCCUCAAGGACCUCCCUUGCCAAGGUUCAAUGCACCACUUGCUGAUCAAAGAUGCAAUGUCUUACCACGUGGGCUACCUCCUUUUUCAUAUGACCAAACACUACUAAGUAAUAGUUACAUUGAUGAUGCUAACAUUAUAGCAUUUUCGAGAAAAAAUGAGAGUAAUAUUUUGCAGACACAGCCUAUUACUAACUGUAUGAUACAGUCUAGAUAUUUUCACAACUAUGGCCCACACGAAAAUACCACGCACCAGCAGAUUAUGUUAAAGCCCAGUUUGUGUCAGCAAUAUCAACAGGCAGAGCAACUUACAAAUCCAGGUGUUGGAGAUAAACUGCUUAUAUUUAUGCGAGGUCCUCCAGGCUCUGGAAAAUCUACACUAUCACGGUUGCUGAUAGAUCAGAGUCCUAAUGGUGUGGUCUUGAGCACAGAUGAUUAUUUCUGUCUAAAGGGAGGCUACUGCUUUGAACCCCAUCUCCUUGGGGAAGCUCAUGAGUGGAACCAGAAUAGAGCAAAAAGAUGUAUGGAUGAAGGCAGGUCACCCAUAAUUAUAGAUAAUACAAAUAUCCAAGCAUGGGAAAUGAAGCCAUAUGCAGAAAUGGCUGUGAAGCGACAUUACAGAAUGAGUUUUCGUGAGCCAGAAACUUGGUGGAAGUUUAAUGUUGUGGAGCUGGAAAAGAGGAACAGACAUCGGGUUCCACGUGAGAAGAUUAUUCAAAUGAUGACCCGCUUUGAACAUCCCAUGUCUUCAGAUAUAGUGUUAAGUUCAGUGGAGCCUUCGUAUAGUCAUAAAGUUAUGCUGAAUCUACUUCCACAUUCUAACCAGAGAUGGGAAGGACCACUUGGUUCAAGUUCCAUCUGUGGCGUAACUAAUAGAUAGCAUUAGAGACGCUUAUGAACUGUUGGUAUUUCAGUAAAUCAAUAUAGCAGAUCAUUUCUUCCCAUAAUGUGUGUUUCUGGAAGACCAAAGUUUUAAAAGCUUAUAAUAAAUAUUUUAGAAUACUGGAAUAUGUUGAUCACUUGAAAAAGAUGGUAGACUAACAUUUGGAAGAUUUGUGUCUUAUAAUGCUCCAUUUAUUUUCUGUGGCCGAGCAUCAUGCCAGAAGGUAUAAAAUAGAGGAUUUAGAUGGAAAAUAUUUUCUUUUAACCUGUUUAAAUUUAUUCUGUGCACAGUUUGUAAUUUUAUACAUGAAUUUGUGACAUGAAUUGGAAUUCACCUUAACUAUUUUUAUUGGAGGGACUGUUGGGGGAUUCAGAUAAUGCAUUCAGCUUGUUAAUUUUAGUUUGCUUUCUGCAAAAUUGCACAAUAAGGUAGCAUAUUAUCUAUAAUUUGAAACAGUUGAUCUGCUGAGCAACUUGCUAGGUAAUUUAGUCAUUCUUUCUUAACUUUUGGAUAGCAGCCAUUAAGUUAUCUACAGUUCUUGUCAGAUCAGAAGCUUGAAUUUUUGUGUUUAUGGAUAUUUGCAUGUAUUUAGAGGAAAGAACCCCAUUUCCUUUAUUGUGGAAUAUCUCAGAUACCCUAAAUUUGCAUGAAACAGUUUUAAGAUUGUAAAUUGAAUAUAUUUAAAAAUGGAGAAAUUCAGCAGUGUUAAUUAUGAUAUUGAACCUAUUCAGUUGAAAGCAGUAGAUUUUACUCUGCACUUUUGGUUUGACCAUCAAAUGAUCAGAUUGAUGUAACCUGGACUUUAGACGGAUUUGGACAUAUUGUAAUGAUGGCCAUCUCCCUAACCUGAUAGAUAAAAAAAUUUAAAUUCUAUGUAAUAUCAUUGAGAAAGAUUACCAUAAUUUACCUUAACUAAUAUUACUAUCUAGGUAAGUUUGAAAAAAUAAUACUAACUAUUGAAUAGGUAGCAAAGGCUAAAGUUCUUUUUGGCCUACAUACAGGAUGUUUUUUUUAAAAAUUAAUUCUGAGUUGUAAUUUUGGUAUAAAAUUGGAAUUGUAAUUAAAAUUAUUAUUAUUUAUUGGGGGAAUUCCCAAUUUUAACUGCUAUUUGGAUAUCAGUGAUUACUAAGUCUUUUCCAAAACACCAGCAUUAGUUUUUAGAUGAACACCCACAGGUCUAUGCUCUCCACCCAGUUGAUGUAAUUACUUUCUUUUCAACAUGCCAUUCACUAAAAUAGGGAGUAUAAAAGUGCGGGAGAAAGUCAGUGGGUCAUGCAGCAUCCAAGGAGGUCUGACUCAGAGUUCCCCCAGCAGUUUGUUUUUGCUGCAAAUUACAACGUCUGCAUUCUCUCCUGUCUUCGAUCUCCUGUAAUAUUUUGAAAUGAAUUGGCAUUUCUUAAUUUCAGACAACAAAACAGUUUGUGUAAUAUUUCCUCGCAGAUGAAUCCUCAGUAUCUAGAUAGUAUUUUGAAUAAUCUGCCUGCACCUUCAGUAAAAAUCUCUCCCUUCCCUUUACAAGUGGAUGUAAAAGAUCUAAUUUGAAAAACAGCGGAGUUAACCCAUUCAAUGUUUUUCUUCAACAUUAUUUAAAAAAUACUUGUCAUGUGAUUUGAUACUAUGUAUGAUACCUUGCUAUGUGCAAAUAAACCAUCUUAUUGCCCCAUCUCUCAACAGUGACUACAGUUGAAAAAUAUAUUUACUUGCAUGUUAAGCAUGUUGUAAGAUGUGAAAAGUGCUGAAUAAAUGUGUAUUUUUCUUUUAAUGGGUUUUUAAG